AAUCAAUUAGUUUGAACAAAGUGAAAACAAAACUACAUUUUUAUUAAUUUGUUUUAAAAUAUAGCGAAAAUCGUUACCGGAUCUAUAUUUAUGUGAGUGUGCGUACAUAACUAUCCAUGUUGUGCUAAAAUAUCUUCUCGCGCAUGCGCCAUAGUGUUGCGCUACUUUUUGGUGGAUAUAUACUUAAAUCUGCUCAAUAAUUUUUAUGUACGUUUUCUUUAAUCAAUUAUAAUUUAUUUAAUUCACCAGCUAAUUUAUGUUAUGUUAAAUAUAUAUAUAUAAUUAUAUUGUCCAUUUUGAUAAUAAUUUGUCCUUUUAGCCAUUGUGAAUGGUCUAAAUGUGUAAACUAAACUGACGCAAGAGGCGAAAGAGUUUUUAAAGAUGUAUACACAUAAAUUAAACUACUAAUGUCAAAAUUGUUUUUCUUUUUCCCUAGUGGCAACACUGUCAAAUGUUAUAGAAAAUUAGGACUUUGACAGCGCUCCCUUGAAUUAAGGAGUUUCGAAUAACGUUAUCGACUUCAUUAGUAUAGCGAGAGCAGCAGAGCAAACAGGUACUAUUGUAUUUUAUUAUCACAGCAGGAAAGUCCAGUAACUAACAAUGGCCACAAGUUCUACGAAAGCAACUGUUUCACAGAAUAAGUCGAGGGGGCUAAAACAACAUUUCAUGGAGAAAUUAAUGACCAAAAUUUUUUGCUUCUACGACGAACAAUCUUUAAUUGAUGUGACAUUUAAAGUUUUAAACCCAGCAUCUUUUGUACCCGCGCAUCGUUUGAUACUCUCAGCAGCGAGUCCAUACUUCGAGAACCUCUUCAACGGCGAUCUAGACAAUACUCCUGUCAUCGAAAUAAAUGAUAUCGAUAGCGAUAUUUUUGAGCGCUUAAUAACCUUUUGCUACACCGGGCAGACGUUGGUUACCGUUGGCAAUGUCGCUGCGAUGCUGAAGGCAGCAAUCGUGUUACAGUUGGAAGACGCCGCUACCACUUGUGUUGAAUUUCUUAUGGCGCACAUAAAUGAAUGCAACUUACAAGGUGUGUAUGCCCUAGAACGCGAGACGGAAAAUGAACUUUUGAAGCUGAAAAUCCACGAAUACGAAAUACAGAAUUUCAUGGAGGUUGAGAAAUUGCAAUGUCUGCUAGAAUCGGAUAAUUUGAGUAUAACUUGUGAGGAAGAUGCCUAUGGUGCCAUAACUCGUUGGUUUAACCACGAUGUCUCAGCGCGUCAAGAACACCUACCUCGAUUAAUCGAUUGCCUGAGGCUUACGCAAUUCGAUGUGGAUUUCCUUUUGACUCACAUUCAGUCAUUACCAGGCUGUGAGUUGUUGGCCUUCAUGGCGUCCACGUGGAUCAGUAAUCCCGCAGUACGGUCUAAGAUAAAUAUCCGGCACACAUUACCACGUGUAGGGGUCAAUAACGCAAAUCGUGAUGAGAGAACACUGCUGGUGGUUUACAAAGAGGAUAUGGCGCAGAAUCCAUGCAUACUGCAAUAUAACAAAGCUGAGAAUAAAUGGCAAACAUAUGAGAGUAUAAAUAAGGAUAGUAUAAACCGUAGCGCGAUUUUAAAGGAUAAUAAUAUAUUUCUCACUGGCGAAGAUCUCUAUAAGUCACCAUCCAAAACCGUUCUCUGCUGGAAUAUAACAAAUAAAAUAUGGCGAGAAUUGCCAGAAAUGAAUGAAGCAAGAUAUGCGCACUGUGUUGUCGAAUUAGAAUGUAAAAUCUACGCGAUUGGUGGUCAUGGGAAUGGUAAUACUUUUUUGGAUUCAGUUGAAAGGUAUACGACAUCUAAUGGUUGGGAGAUCGUGGAUCCUUUGAUUACACCACGAUGCUGUGCCGGUGUGGUGACCUUGAAUGGUAAAAUUUACGUAAUGGGCGGUUCAAAUAAAAAUCGCUUAAAAUCCGUCGAAUGCUAUACCCCUGAUUCGAACACUUGGGCUUCUUGUGCAGAUAUGACAAAUUAUCAUUCGAAGCCUGCUGUAGCUGCAUAUCAUGGCCAUAUCUAUGUUGUAGGUGAUUAUUGGCAUCAAAAUUGCAGAAAUGUUGAACGUUACGAUCCUCUGCGAAAUACAUGGUCUAAGAUUUGCUCUUUGGAUGGUGGCUGGUGCGGUAUUUCGUGCGCAUCCCUUGAUAAAAAACUGUGGACCAUUGGUGGCAGGGGAGGGAGUGAAAAUGAGACAAGAGUAGCAGUUUAUGACGAGGAAACUGACCGCUGGGUUCAGAAGAGCUCAUUGCCCAAAGGCUUCAUAUAUUCAUGUUUUGUUGUCCCUGUAUCUUUACUGACUUCGAAAUAAAUUAACAAUAAAUGAAAAAUUGUUGGGUUUUUUCACAAAAUGGUCUUCUUCUUUAUAUGACAACAGCGCAGCCGCUGUAUUUUUAUUCGCUGAAUUAUGUCAAUGUCGAAUAACUCAUACAGCUUAUCAUUCCA